CCGGGCCCCGGCGGGCAGGGGUCCCCCGCCGCCGACCCCCGUCCUGCCUCGAGAGCGAGGAGCGGGGCCGAGCGGGCAACGGAGCGAGACGGAAAAUGAACAGAAGAUCCAGAGACAAUGGCCCCGACGGAAUGGAACCCGACGGUGUCAUCGAGAGCAACUGGAACGAGAUCGUGGAUAGUUUCGAUGACAUGAACCUGUCCGAGUCUCUGCUCCGCGGCAUCUACGCCUAUGGUUUCGAGAAGCCCUCUGCCAUCCAGCAGCGAGCCAUUCUUCCUUGUAUCAAGGGUUACGAUGUGAUCGCCCAGGCCCAGUCUGGGACCGGAAAGACCGCGACCUUCGCCAUCUCCAUCCUGCAGCAGAUCGAACUGGACCUCAAGGCCACUCAGGCCCUCGUCCUGGCUCCCACCCGAGAGCUGGCCCAGCAGAUCCAGAAGGUGGUGAUGGCUCUCGGCGACUACAUGGGGGCCUCCUGCCACGCCUGCAUUGGGGGAACCAACGUGCGCGCCGAGGUCCAGAAGCUGCAGAUGGAGGCGCCGCACAUCAUCGUGGGGACGCCCGGACGCGUCUUCGACAUGCUUAACCGCCGCUACUUGUCCCCCAAGUACAUCAAGAUGUUCGUGCUGGACGAGGCCGAUGAGAUGUUGAGCCGCGGCUUCAAGGACCAGAUCUACGACAUCUUCCAGAAGCUGAGCGGCAACACCCAGGUGGUGCUGCUGUCGGCCACCAUGCCCUCGGACGUGCUGGAGGUCACCAAGAAGUUCAUGCGGGACCCCAUCCGUAUCCUGGUGAAGAAGGAGGAGCUGACCCUGGAGGGUAUCCGCCAGUUCUACAUCAACGUGGAACGCGAGGAGUGGAAGCUGGACACUCUUUGCGACCUGUAUGAGACACUCACCAUCACCCAGGCCGUCAUCUUCAUCAACACCCGCCGGAAGGUGGAUUGGCUGACAGAGAAGAUGCACGCCCGGGACUUCACCGUCUCCGCCAUGCACGGCGACAUGGACCAAAAGGAGCGAGACGUGAUCAUGCGGGAGUUCCGUUCGGGGUCCAGUCGGGUGCUCAUCACCACCGACCUGCUGGCGAGAGGCAUCGAUGUGCAGCAGGUGUCCUUGGUCAUCAACUACGACUUGCCCACCAAUCGGGAGAACUACAUCCACAGAAUCGGCCGUGGGGGCCGCUUCGGCCGCAAGGGCGUCGCCAUCAACAUGGUGACGGAGGAGGACAAACGGACCCUGCGGGACAUCGAGACCUUCUACAACACCUCCAUCGAGGAGAUGCCUCUCAACGUGGCCGACCUGAUCUGAGGCCCCGGCCCGGCCCACCCCCCGCCGCCACCGAUGCCCGAGGGCCCAAAGGGGCCAGAGAUCCAACAGGCUGGCAGCUGGGCGAGCGGGAGGGAGGGAGGGAGAGGGAGGAAGACAAGGGGCCAGCGGAGGCGGGGACCUUUGUCAACUUUUUUUUUUUUUUUUGACUUUGAAUAAAAUGUCACUUUUUGAGGCAAAAAGAAGGAAGCAUGAAAGCUUCAAACCCUUUGAUUUGGGUGGGCCCUUUCUGCCCCAGGCGCCGACCCCCCCCCACCCCAGAAACACUAAGACCCCCCCCCCCUUCAGCCCCUUCAUCACAUUCUCCACCCACCCUCCAUUCCCGGACCAAAAUGACACCCUCCCCAACCAAGGCAGAGGUUGUGGGGGAGGGUUUCCCCUGCCCCCCCAAUCCGGCUCCCACCCCCCCGCGGGGGGGAGAGGGGAGAGGACAUGGCCAUUUUUACGUUGUUUUGUAUAGUAUUUAUUGAUCCAGGAAAAAAAGGAAAACAGAAAAAUUCUGAAUAAAAUGUCUUGGAAACUGCC